GCUAUGGCGACUGGUAAACUGUUUUGUACAGGAAGACCAAAGCUAUCAAUAACGCAUCGAUAAACCAAGAAACAAGAGAUAUAUCCUUGUCUUGUGAUGACUUACAUGAUUAUGUUGGUGUGAUCCUGAUGCAUAAGAUAUUUUUUAGAUGGAGCUGCGUGUAAACGUCUAAACCUCAUUGAAAAAUGCCUCAAGCACCCAGCACCAAAAUGCAGACCAAACUAAGUACCUGGACACCUCUAAAUCAUCCGCUCUCCAAUGCUCAUGUUUUUGAAGAUAGAAGAAAUCUGCUUGGAAAAUGGUUUGACAAGUGGACAGACAGCCAGCGGAAACAGGUGCUGCAAGACUUUUUCUCCAGGUGCUCUGUCAGCCAGCUGAAGUAUCUCAGACAGACUUUGAACAGCUGCGUACCAGAGGAAGCCGUUGACUUCACCAGGGUUCUUCCUAGGGUCAUAUCCUUGUAUAUAUUUUCCUUCCUAGACCCCCGAAGCCUCUGUAGGUGUGCGCAGGUGAGCUGGCACUGGAAAAGCCUUGUGGAGCUUGACCAGUUGUGGAUGCCUAAAUGUCUGAAACUAGGCUGGUACAUAACCUUUACCCCAACCCCAUUUGAGCAAGGUGUAUGGAAGAGACAUUAUAUAGAAACAGUGCAGGAGCUUCACGUUAGUCGGCCAAAGGUGCCUAUGAAAGAGGAGUUCAUUGUCCCAGAGGUAAAAGUAAUUGGUAGUGAGAUGGAGAGGUCAUUUUCUCAGACUGGUCACACGGACUCAGAGUUUGUCCUCUCGAGUCUGCGUGCGAAGAGUAAAGAUGGCAAUGGCUUGUUGAAAUCAGUCAAAGGUCUUCCACCAUGGAGAGACUCGGACAGGCAUCCCACUGAUACAGUACGCUUUAACUACUUAGAUAACCUUGACCCAGUGGAGCAUGCAAGAGAAGCACUCAGAAAGGGCAGAUGCAUUAAUUUCAAUGCGGCAAAACAGGAAAACGCAAUAAAGACACCAUCCCAUUCAACAUACAAACUGCGCAAGGCCAAAUCUUUGAUGUUUUUGUCAUUCGAUCUCAAUGCAGCAAGAAAGCAAAGAAAUAAUAGGCCACAAUGGGCAGCACAGAGUUUAGAAGCUUUUCCAGAGCACAAGGACUCCAUAAAGACCUCCCAAUGGAAUGCUGGGAUACGUCCAGGCCCUGUGAGGCCACCAGUGCCCAGACUAAGUAAGGAUGGGAUCCGUGCAUCACAGAGAUUAAACAGAAGCACACCAAGUAAGUAAUCCUGUGUCACUUUUUGAAGGACAGCCAUGAAGAAUCCAAUGAAGCUUGAGACACAAGGCCAUCUACUGGAUAAUGUUGUAAUAGCAAAACAGGAUUACGAAUGCCUUGAACCUGAGGCUACUCAUAUGAUAUGACGUGCAUUUAUUAUGUCUUUAAAUGUUAAUAAUGUAGUUUUUGUUUAUGUCGAAAAACACAGCACAAUAUAAUUUAAAUAUGUUUACAUAAUUAUUUAUUUUUUCCUCGUUAAUCCCUUAAAUGUUUAAUCACCACUGGAGGUCCCCAUUUGCCUUAGAUUCCUAGUAGCACGAAGAAAAAAUGCAGCAUAAAUUUUAAAACAACUUGGUUUUGCAAGUCAAUUCACGUACUUUAAGUUUUGACUGUGACUAGUUGACAUAAUUUAUAAAAAAAAACUAGUUGAAGUUGUUUAACUUAAUUUUUGAAUUUAAAGUAGCAUAUAAAUAUAUGUUGAUUUGACACAAUGCUGCAAUUUUACAGUGCAUAUAUUAGCUACAAUUGUAUUUACAUUAAUUUGAAGCAAAAUAUUGUCAUUUAUUUGUAUUGUUUACAAAUUAUUAGACUGUUUCAGAUUUUAAAACUUAAAACCGAUGUAUAAAAAUAUAUAUAGAAAACGAAU